GCGAGUGAUUGAAAUGCGCAUACGUUCAUCAUCCAAUCACCAAUGCCUAUUCUUUAAGACAAUAUGCGGUCGUUCGUAUUUAGAUACGUAUACGUAUGUUUUGUGCGAAUACAAUAUAUGGCAACACUGGAUUAUUGACUACCUCUAUCAAAAACAUUGAGUAUUUUCAAUAAAUGGUAUUUUAUUUUCAAAUUUACUGUGUGUCACUUUGAAAAGACGAAAAACGAAAAUGGAUCAAACGGAUGCAAGAAAACGCAGUGCAAAUGUGACAGAAGAACAAAAAACCUUAUUAUUACAAUUUAUGGAAGAAAAUCCACGCUUAAUAUCUGGUAAAUUUUUCGCUGAUUUUACAUAUAAAGAUGCAACUAUUUUAUGGCAAAAGAUUACAAAUAUCUUAAAUAGUUGCAAUGGUGUAAGCAAGGAUUGGAAAUCUUGGCGAAAAUGCUGGCAAGAUUUACGGUCACGGAGCAAAAUGAAGCAAAGCAAAAUAAAUGCAGAACAAAGGAAAACUGGUGGAGGAAGUGAAUCUCAUCUAAAAUUAAGUCCAAUAGAAGAAGCAACGUUGAAUUUAAUUUCUCCUAUAUGUAUCGAUGGACACACAGAAAUAAAAGAAAGUGAAGUACAAAUACAAACAGAGACUGAUGAGAUCAAUGUUGAUACUCAUAAUAUAGAAAUGGAAUAUGUUGAACAAGAUUUUGAGGAUAUAAUACAAACUACUGAACAUAAUGCAUCCAGUGUUAAUAUGAAAAAUGCAGAAACCGAAGACAAUGAUAAAGAAAAUACAUAUACUAACAAUGAUGCAGGCAAUUCAAAUAACGGUAAUGAUGAUUUAUGUACAAUAAUAAGAAAGAAAAAAAGAAAGUCACACUCUGAAGAAGUUCAAUCAACACAACAGUCACAGAAUUUGACAAACAUAGCACAAAAAACAUUCGAAAUCCAAAAUUCUUAUUAUGAAAAAAAGCUGGUGCUAAAGAAACAAGAGUUACAACUUAAAGAAAGAUUUAUUAUUGCUGCUGAAAGGUGCAAUACUUCAUAAUAUAUGUUUUGUAAACAUUAUAUUUCUUUUCAGUUAUUUAUUUUACAGCACAAGUGCGUCGAAAGACGCACUUGUACUGAAAAAUUCUGGACCUAACACGUCCAGGGGGGCGAUCGACCUACUCACGGGGGUCGGGGAUGUCCACACUCGCCUUCGGCUCGUGCGUCCACCCUCCCCUCCCCCCGAUCGCUGAUUCCCGGACUGGUUAGGUAAUGUACUAUUAUAUUCUUGUUUUUCAACUUAUUAUUAUUACUUAAAAAUGUACCUAAAAUAGUUAUA